AUGGAAGGGAAUGACGGCCCCGCGCAGGCGCCUUCUGGCGGCACUUGUCGUGGCAGUGGCAGUGAUGACUGGCGUGAGUGCGGCGCCACGCUUCCGCCGCCGCGUCUCCCUCUGCUUGACAGUAUUUCCCUCUACGAGACCCCGUCGCGCUGUUACGUCGUCGGCGCCGACGCGGCCCAGAAGGAAUACCGUGUGCUGCGCUUCACAAAGUCGAACAGUGAUGCCUUACAAUACAGCGACAUGGGCGCACACGCGCCUGCCGAGGCUCAGGCGCUUGUGAAGCAUGUGAGCAAGGAGGCAAAGACACCGGCGCUGCGGGGCAAGGCCUUGCUGGGCUGCAUCCGCUUCACCAAGGGCUAUUACCUUCUUCUGGUGACGCGGCGCCGCUGUGUGGCGCGGCUGGGGUACCACCGCAUUUUUGAGGUCGCUGACGUGGAGCUGGUGUCGCUCUGCAUCGCGGAGCCGGCGACGACGGUGCUGCUGGCGGCGGCGGGCGCCUCAUCCUUUCUGCACCCUCGCCCCGCGGAGGAUUAUUAUCGCAGUCAGCUGUUGUCCACCUCACUCAAGCAGCACUUCUACUACUCCCAUACCUACGACCUCACAAAUACGCUGCAAACGAACAUGACGCACCCGUGCGGCGAGCACCGGGUGCGUUGCAAAUUUGUCUGGAAUGAGUUUCUCUUGGAGCCGUUCUUUCUUCCCGCCACCUCGCCGCAGGCGCCGUCGCGCUCCGCGGGGGAGGAGGGGGAGGCACGGCGGCUCGCAGCGGGUGUGGAGCAAUGGUUCGUCUACCUGACGCACGGCUCUAUUGUCCAGUGUCCCGUUGGGUGCGGCCUAACGCCGCUUCUUCUGACGCUCAUUGGCCGCGUCAGCAAAAACUUUGCGGGGGUGCGCUACUUGCGCCGUGGGGUCGAUGGCGAUGGCCACGCCGCAAACCACGUGGAGGUGGAGCAGAUCGUCGUGGAUGAGUCGCAGUUGCAUGCACACUUCAGCAAGGGCAGUUUCACGUCGUACGUGCAGGUGCGGGGUUCGGUUCCGCUGCACUGGUUCCAUCCCCCCACGCAGCUGCCCAAGCCGCCCAUCAGGCUGGGAGUCAGGGAUGUGUACUACACCAACACGCGGAAACACUUCCAAGAGCUACUGGAGGAUUAUGGGGCACCGCUAAUCGUAAUGAACCUGCUCCGGCAACGCGAAAAGCGGCCCCGUGAGAGUAUCUUGGGAUGGGAAUUUCGAAGGGCAGUCAUGACACUGAAGGGCUUUGUAGGCGCUGACGCAGAAGCGGAGGGAGGGGAGGAGGUCCUCUCGUACCUUGAAUUUGACAUCCGUGAGUCGGCGCAUGCCGCGUGGAAUCACGUCACUGUCUUUGCAGAAGGGGCACUGGAGAAGACGGGUUUCUUCGUUUCUAAUCGCACGGGGACACGCGUACGGCGUCAAGAAGGCGUCAUACGUAGCAACUGCGUGGACUGCGUUGACCGAACAAAUCUUGCACAGUUCUUCUUUGGGCUGCAUGCGUUGGGGCAUCAACUGCAUUCCCUGGGCCUCCUCCACUCCCCGGUGGACCUUGCGGCGUCACCGGGGGUGCAGGACCUGCUGCUUCGCAUGUAUCUCCUGCUGGGGGACGCCAUCGCGGUUCAGUACGGAGGCUCCCCGCAGGUUGGCGCCGGCGUGCUGAACCGAGGCACCGGCUGGGAUCAGCUCAUGGGCAUUAAACGCCUCUACAACAACAUGGUUGGCGACCGUGAGAAGCAGUCCGCGCUGAACUUGUUUUUGGGGAGGCACCAGCUGUACCGCAAGGCACAGUCCAGUGCACUCAACCCCGUGCCACCUGUUCCCGGCGCGGAAGCGGUCGGUGGAGAAGAGCAAGACGAGGGAGAAGAAAAGGCGGCGGCGGUAAAGGCGGGUGAUGGGGCGAGCAGCACAAGGACGUUGGGGCCCCCCGCAGAGGGGAGGGGGCUGCGACGCAUGAGUUUUGACCGGCGAGCCGGCCGCGUGGUGGAACCCACCGAGCUUGAACCGGAUUGUUCCCUGCAUUUCAAGCGCGCCCCGCCGCUUGCCAGGACCAACGAAGUGCGUGGCUGGUGGAAGGAGCCUCUGCAGCGCCACCGGCGGUUCCUGGACGCCGGCAACGUGCCGCUACGACGCACCGGGCUUUCAACGAUGGGAGACAUGCCACACGAGGCGGAAAAGGAGCGUGAGAGGCUCUUGUCCCGCCUUUGCCUCUGCGAGCGUGCCGCCGCCGUGAAGCCAGACGAUGACGACGACACAGAGGAGGUAGGUAAGGGGACGGUGUUGCAGGAGGGAGAGACUGUCGUUCUUGCGCCGACGACGGCACUGAACACUUUGGUGCGCCGCACUGUGCUGCCCCCGUGUCGCCCGCUCUCUACGCAGAGGCUGGAGUUUAUGCGUUCUCUCAUGCUUCAGCGGGAGCUGGAAUUAGAGCAGCUGUGGGACACGACGCCCGAGCCCGCCGUGGAGCUGCUGCACAAUCACCGUGAGUUUCCGGAUGAGGUGCGGGCGAGCAUCUUUUAUCAGGCGAUUGACGCCGUGCGGCGCAUGAGUGACGCGUGUGAGCCCCCAGCUGAUCUUCGCCGCAUGCGUCUCGCGGCGCUUUCCGUGUACGGUGACCCCGUGGACUGGAACGUGGAGACCGUUGUGGAGGCGCUGCUGGAGGUGGAGCCGCAGGUGCGGGCGGGGACGCUGAAUUACCUGCGGCGCAUGAACGUGGACGGGUACACCCUGCUGUACCUGCUCAACACCGACGCCAUGGGUCAGCGGGAACUGCUAGAUCGCUUCAUAGGCCUCGUAAAGGAGCUGCCGCGGGCGAGUUUGGAGUCCGCGCUUCGUUGCUGUGCCGAGUUGGAUUAUGAGAAACUGGAGUGGACGCAGCUGGAGGAAGAAGUUCAUAGCAACAGCACCCGUGGGAGUGGUGAUGCGAUUGCCUCGCCCGAUUCCACGUGCCGCCUGCUUCAGCCAUUCUUUCAGGAGGCGGUGUGUCCUGCCACGAUGGGGACGGUGGUGCGAAGGCUGCUGCAAAAUAUGUCGGACGCGACCUCUGGCGUCCCGCGCAGUGAUCGUUUGCGCUACCGUGAGAAAUUUGAUCAGCGCGUCCCAUCCGCCGUCGUUGCGACGCAGGGAUUCAGUGCAGCGGAGCUGCAUGCAUGGCUGCUACGCAACUCCGCCCGCCUGGGUCUCACCCUGCACAACCAUGUCGAGCAGCAUGAUGCAUCGCAGGCGUGUUGGAAGUUUAUGCUCUGGCUCGCCCAGGCCAACCUCGUGGUCCAGCUUAUCGUUGACCCAAGCCCUGGUGUUCUCGUCCGCCCCGUCAUCAAGUUGGGCGACUUUGCAAUGCGUACUUGGUUGUUUACGCUGCGUCCGCUUCAGGAGAUGCACGUGCUCAACAGGGAUGGCGUGUUUAGGGGUGACUUGGAGCCAGCCGUUGGGUCCAUGCCGUCUUUCUCGGCUCCUGCUGCCCUGUUUGCGCCUUCCUCGUCUGGGUGCCCCGCCGUCGCGUGCGCCGAGUCCCUGGUGCGUGUGGCAUUGCUUGCUCUCUCUUCGGUGCAGGAGAUGACGCUGACAGGCGCGGGAGACGCCGCUCAGAACGCCGCGUUUCGUGCGCUACUCAAUAGUCUUUUCGUGCACAGCGCACGACUGGUUGAUGUUGACCUUGCGCUGCUUCGACCACGCGAGCGGUGGUGUUUUUGGGUGAACGUCUUCAACGCCUUGUACAUCCAUGCCUGGCUGGCCGCAUUCGUUGUGCAGGCGCAGGACUACCCAAGCUUCCACAACACCAACGGUUACGAGAUUGCUGGCUAUUUCUUUUCGUUGAGCGACAUCAAGCAUGGACUUCUGCGCGGAAACAGGCCGGCGGCCUUUGCACUGCUCCCGCCCUUUGAACCGGGAGACCCACGGGUGUUGUUUGCCCCCACGGAACCCGAGGAGACGGCGGACGGCUGCGGCAAGGAGGCGGCCAAGCCGACGGCAGCCACAGCAGCCCUGCAUCGCAUGCGUGGGCGCAUUCUGCUCGCGCUCAUGGACACGUUUCUGGUGCCGAAUAAGUUGGAGAACGCGCCGGUGUACAAUCCACGCACCCUGCUCGAGGAGGAGGAGCCAGCAGGCCUGGACAUUGCCCUCAGUGGGGCUGGGGCGCCGCCGCCGCCGCCGCUGGGCGCGGCGGACAUCAACGACAGUGACGACGACGUGGUUCCUCUUGGCGGAGGCGGUGAUGGGGCAUUUGUUGCACAAGAACUGAGCCCUACACCCCGCGGUGUUCUACGACGGGCGAGCGGCGGACCCGCUGGGGCGGCCACAUGGUGGUUUACCUCGUGGCUUGGGAAUCGUUUGUCGGGCAAGAGUGCAGUUUUUGCGCAUCCGUGCGUUCCCCUCCUUUCUGCCUUGUUGCCCGGACAAAUUUACGCCAUUGAGGGCUACGUGCUCCGCUCGCUCUCCCCGGCCUCCUCGCAGGCCACCGUGAUGCGAGACGGUGUCGCCUGCCCCCGCGCACUGCUUCCGCUGCUUUUCUUCCCCGAGGAGUUUGGCACCAACGCCGAUGAGGCGAUUCGCUCCCUCCACCAGAUGCACACGGCCGCUGCUGGGUGGAAGCUGCUCUCCCCCGUCUCCCCCCUCUCGCCAGACGCGUCGUCCGUCGCGCCGGAGGGACGCUGA